GCUGUGAUUCGCUUUGCAGUGGCGAAAAAAAGUCGUCGGUUGCAAAGAAAAAAAUAAUGUUAUGUACACUACUUAUAUUUAAAAGCAAAGUAAUAUUAAUUAGUAAAUAAAUUAGGUUUAUAGACGUACGCGUUUUAUUAAAUGAUAAGGGAAUGUCGUUUACAGUACUUUGUUCAUUUGCUUUAGCGUUUUACGUUGUGAUUUGGUUUUUCGAUUCGUUCUUCAAGAGUUGUAUGCAUUAUCCUUACUAUGCAUUUUUGGAAGGAACUGGCUUAAAAGUGGGAAUUUUGAACUUCUCUUGGACAACAACAGCAUUCAAUAGAUUCAUUUAUAGAUGGAGCAAAAAUCUUACCCGUAUUUUGAAAAAAUGGUUUACUUGUGGUUAUAUAAUUACGAUAUUUAUAUUUCUACCAUUUGCCAUAUGGACAUUGAUGGCUUUCAUAUUUGAACAUUUCUAUGAAACGAUUCAACUGAAUACUGUACCUGAAGUCAAAGCUAUGCUACCUGGUGUUAAUAUACCCUUAUCAGAUUUUUGGGUAUAUUUCUUGUCUAUAGGCUUGUGUAGUACACUUCAUGAGCUCGGACAUGCAAUGGCUGCUGCUCAAGAGGAUGUUCAGUUAAUAUCAAUUGGAGUAUAUGUUUUCACAAUAAUACCAGUUGCUUUUGUGCAGUUAAAUACAGAACAUUUAAACAGUCUUGCAAUUACUAAAAGACUUAGAAUUUACUGUGCAGGGGUGUGGCAUAAUUUAGUGACAGCUUUAAUUGCAUUACUAUUAUUUUUCUCUGCACCUAUCCUGUUUAACAUUGCAUAUGAGACUGGCAUUGGUGUGAGAGUAACAGAUUUCAGUGAUGAUUCUCCUUUAAAAGAUGUGAGGGGACUUGAAUUGGAUGAUGUUGUUACAUCUAUCAAUGGUUGUGAGAUUAAGAAUACCAAUGACUGGUCAUACUGUUUGCACAUGGCACAUAAUCGUUUUGGUAUAUGCACAAGUGCUGAAUUCAUUGCUCAAAAUGAUGAAAUCAUGAUGGAAACUGUGAAAGAAAAUGAUGUUGUUGAAUGUUGUAGAAAAGAUGAUUUGUAUAGUUUUUGUUUUGAGUAUAUGGAACCUAAAAUAGCAGGUGAUUCAGUGUUGCCAGGCCAGUAUUCCUGUCUCAGACCUAGGGAUAUGAUAAAAAAUAAGUUUACAAAGUGCAUGGAAGCUGAUGGCUAUUCAUGUCCUAGAAAUAGUCAUUGUCUCAAACCAUCCAUGAAUAAUCACACCUACUUAUUGGUUAUUGAAAGACAGAAUAAUAAUCCUGUAUUGUAUUUGGGAUUACCAUAUGAUUUACACAAAACAGUAUAUGUUGACCAGUAUUUCCCUAGGAUUGCUUUGUUCUCAUUCUUCUCUCCAUCACAAUUUGAGAAGCUUCUCAGAUAUGUUUUUAUAUUUUCUAUGGGCAUAGGAUUUUUAAAUGUUGUGCCUUGUUAUGGUACUGACGGGCAUCACAUAGCAAGGAAUCUGAUUCAAAUUGCUGCUAAAUAUUUUAAUAAGAAUGGAGAUUUUGUAACAUUUUUUACUGUUUUUACAGCAGUUGUGGGUACUGGUAUAACAGUGCCUAUGUUAGUGUAUCUGUUUUACCAGGCUAUUGUAGAUAACUAACUUUUUUAUCAUUUUUGAUGGUAUUCCAAAAAUGAAGUUUCUAUGUGUAAUAUUAUUAAUGUCAGUGGCCAUUGAUGUAUUUAAUAUUUAUGCUGUACACUAAGUAG